AGGAGAGCCCACAAGCUUCCCUAAGAGCCUUUACACAUGCCGCACGCUCAUUUCUUUAACUCUGUCCAACCAGAUCCUCGUCGAUGUUUCUUUCCCGGAUGCUAGCCUGCCAUCUCUUUUAUAUCUGAGACUUGUCAAGGUGGUGUACAAAGACGAAGAUUCUCUUGCUAGGCUUUUAUCAUGUUCCCCUGUUCUCCGCGAGCUGGAUGUUCAACGACGUGAUGAGGAUGAAAAUUUGACCAACUUUACCGUCAAAGUGCCUUCAUUGAAAGAAUUUACUUAUGGUAGGUUGAGAUGGGGCACUUAUAGACCUUAUGAUAGGUUGAGAUGGGGCAGUUAUCAGACUGGGGGGUUGUCGUUGGUGAUAGAUUGCCCUGCACUAACAUAUUUAAGGGUAUAUGACGAUUGGGGAUACUAUUCUAGUUUGAUGGAGAAUAUGCUUUGCCUUGAUGAGGUAUACAUCAGCCAUGUUCCUAACCCUGAUGGAAAGUUUCUGAGCUGUCUUUCUUCUGCCAGACUUCUCCGCUUGUAUUUAUCCGAAUCAAUGGUUGCCUGUUGUAAUAACGCCAUUAAUUUCUCUCGGCUCAUAGAUUUAAUCUUUGUUACAAACAAGCCAGUACAUUGGUUGGAACCUCUUAUUUUUAUGCUUCAAAACUCCCCUAAACUGAAAAUUCUUACGAUCGACACCCAUGGUUCUCCCGCAUGUUCGUGGAACCAGCCCAGUACUAUUCCCCAAUACUUAUCGUCUCAUCUAGAGAUUGUUAGGUGGAAAAGAUAUCAAGGAAAAGAAGAUGAGAAACAACUAAUGACAUACAUUCUCGCUAACUCCAAGUGUUUAAAGACAGUCAAGAUCUUCAGCGACGAUCUUCAAGAGUGCCAGAUAAAGGAGUUAGAAUCUAUGCCUAGGAUUUCAGCAUCAUCUCAGCUUCUUUAUUCUAACGCUAAAGCCGCUAAAGCCGAGUGGGAUUUUUAGAUUUUAAUUUUUUUUUUUUUUUUUUGGCAAAUUAAAACAGACGCAUUGGAGAGGGAUGUUUUAAAAAUACAUAUCGAAAUUGAAAUAUUUUUGUCUUAAU